CAGUCUUUAAAGUAGCCUGGACCUGAACCUGUUAGGGUGAAAUUUACCACAGUGCAGAGGGCCUGCACAAGGCCCUAAACAUCACCAGAGUCAGGGCCUUAUGUGGAUCCUUUGCACUGGGGUUAAUCCACCGUUAGAGCUUCAAGGAGUUAUAAAAGCAUACAUAGGAGAGAAUUAUCAAUGUUGUCAAUUCUUGCGAUUGCAUCACGAGUCUCCUGGCGUUUGACAUAUUUCUUGAAGCCGCAGUGCCUGGAGUCAUGUGAGGAAGUGAGAGUUUUUGUUUUUUAAGGAAGUUUCUACCUCCUCCCUCUUGAUUGCAAAGAAAAGCUUUGAAAACUUGAAUUAAAUAAAAUAAAUAAAAAGAACCUAGUAAAAAGAAUAAAAAGAAAUCUCAUGAGUUUUCAGCUAGUCUCGUGAAUUUUUGGGGCCUGACUUAAAUAUUUUUAAAUGCUUGGGGUUGGCAAUACUGGAACAGGUUCCUAUGGAUCAAAACAUUCUUGUUUCAUAUUGUUUAAAAUAAUACAUAAUGUUCCUGAUCCUACAGCUUCUUGCACAUCCCCCAAGCAACUAUUAGUGGGGGAUGUGCGAUCAGGCCUUAGGGUGGAAUUGUAGGAUAUAUUUCAAGUCUGUAAAGUUACCAGCUGGCAGAGCUGAUAGUUUAGUCAAGUCCAAGUGAAGCAGUUGAUAAAUAGUUGUAAGCAAGUCGGUUUGAACUUUUUCUCUCUUGGUACAUCAGAUAAACUUUUAGAGUACCUAGGAAAAAACAUGAAUUUAUAUGAAUAAUAGACAUUUUGUCUUGGGGUGAUGUCGAAUUUUCUCAAAUUAUGUUUUAUAUUCAAGUAGCUUCUCUAGCUCUUGUAAAAUUAAGGUGCUCUGAAUAUGGUUUAGUAAUAAGAAACUUUAACACUAGAACCAUAUGAGAGCAUAGAAAAAGGCACUAUGAUUUUGUUUCUUUGUUUUCUCAAGCCCUCAAAGUUUUUAUUUUUUUUUAUUUUUUAUUUUUAUUUUAGUCACUUAUAAUCUUUAUUUAAAUGCUAUUGCUUGUGAGUUUUCUUUUUAUAAAUGUUGCCAUAAUAGCUUGAUUUUUUUGUUCUGGGCUUAACUGUUGAUGGAAUAAAAGGAUAGGUCUUUGUAACCAUAGCUUUUAAAACUACUAUGAACAUCAGAGCUUCUCUGCUGAAGCUGUAUAAUUUUAGCCACUUUUAAAAUUAAAUUCUAUAUAUGGCAAAGUAAAAUCUUUAGCUGUUUUCUAAGUUAUUAACUCACCUACCCACCCCCCAAAACCCCACUCUUUUCAGUAUCACAGUAUUCAAGUGGUAUUAGUAAUGUGACUGCUAGAAACCAGAAUAAAGACAGUUUUACCUUGAACAAACUCAGUUUGGGCUAAAUGAAGUUCUAAAAGACUUGCAUUUGGAAUUAUGAAGCUUGGUAUUAGAAAAUUAAAUCACAGAAGACAUGAAUUCUUUGCAGUAUCCAUCAAGAAGUGUUCAAUAACUUUACAAGUAAAUAGAAGAAGAUUGUAUAGCAACAAAGUGCAUUUCCAUCCUGCAGGAGUAAGAGUUAAACUUCUGCAGAUUUAGAAAGCUGAGGUAGCACAGUGAUCAUUGUUGAUGUAACAUAACUAUAAUUAUAACUGCUCUAAGGAAGCCAUUUUGUAUCUCAGUAAGAUAUCUUGGCAUACAGUAGUUUUGAAGUAAUUUUAAUAUGUAAACAGUAAAAGUAGUUGUCCCAUUGUAUUGGUUGAUGAGGAAUGCUAAUUAACUGAGAUAUUAACAAACAUAGUCUAGAGCUAGCCAGAUAAUUUUGUAAUUUCAGAAGAAAAUGCUAAAAUUAGUCUUAAUAUCUUCAUUGGGAAAUGUAUUUUAUGGCAUAUUUACCUCCCAUUAUUUUACAUAUAUAAUUGUUUAGAGUUUAAGGGAACUUGACAAGCAGCAGUUAGCAGACAAAUACUCAGCUGUGUGGAAACUACUUUGCUUUUCUCUUUAUUGACAAAAUAUUGAUUCAUAACACUAUUAAUGCUAUGAUUGUCAGUUCAAUUUGAAUAGAUCACUUUACCUCUCGUGUGCUGAAACAGCGAGGGUAUUACUCGAAAGAAGAGAGUGACCUAAUUCCAGUUUAAGAAGGUUAAAGGUUAAAGGUUAGCUCAAAAGCAUCAUCUGCCUAGCUGCUUAACUUUAAACUGAUCAAUUUAAUGAAAAUCUGUUUUACAGAUGGUGUUUUAAUGUCUUUGGCAGGAUUUAGGCAGCUUUAACGUUAGACGUAUGCUAGUAAAAAUUAUUUCGUUAUUUGACCAGAACAACACCUAUUCUUUUAAGUUUUAAGGUAGAAGGCAUGUGGGAUAUGGUAUUUUGGCAAAGGACCCAGAAGCAGAAAGUGUUGAUGAUCUUUCCAUAUGGGCUCAAAACCAGAAUACCUUUAUGUCUAUUGCUAAUGAUGAUUGAGGAAACAAACAAAGCUGGAUUCAGUUUUUACCAUAAAACUUUACUUUGAAUCCUUAAAAAAACCAUCCAAAACUGUCUUUGGAAAGUCUUGUCUUCACUGCCUAAGGUAGCACUCUAAUUUUUUUUAACAUGGGUAGAGUGAGCUAAUUAUUUUUACUUUUAUUACUUUUAUUCCUUAACUAUGUUUUGGUAGAUUUGCAUAAUUCUUUCACUCUCGGAACACUGAAAGGAAGAUAUUUUAAUUAUACUAUUUUUAAUUAUAAUGAAAUAAGCUGACAGAGUUUAAAGAUGAUGUAUGAGAGAUUCCCCUAAUAAACUAGGGGUCAAUCCCUCAACUGGUAUAAAUCAGUACAGUUCCACUUAUACCACCUAAAUAUCUGGCCCCCUCUAUUUUAGUUAAGAUUAUCAGAAAAUAUUGAAAACCAAUAUUUAUAUCUAGUUGUCAAAUAUAUGUAAUUCAACAGGAAUUUCUUGCGGGACUAUUAUGUCUUAAAUGUGUAAUUCACUAAAACGCCAACCCCUUUGCUGAAAUUCAUCUCAGUGUUACACACAAAAUCAUUGCCUGCAUAUAACAGUUUUAAAAGGAGUGCCCUUUCCUUUGACCUUCAAACUUAUUUAAAAAAGAGGUUACAAUGAGUCUUUGUUUUGCUCACAAAUGAGCAUAAACAGGUUUCUAAAGAAUCCAAUAAAAUGAGAUAAUCACAAAUGUAUAACCUCACGUAUUGAAAGGAUGAAAGAACAAAUGGGGCUUUUACUAUAUGUUAUAGGAUGGAUUUAUAGUCUAUUCUUGGGUCACUUAGGGCCAAGAAUUUUCAUGGUCAGCUGAGUGGUCUUGCUAGCUAGCAUCCUCUGGAGGAAAUACAAAUGCCAUGCAGCACCUGCUCUUCAGCUGGGGUUGUACUUCUAUGCUUUUUUAAAGCAAGGUGUCCACUUCUCUUCCAGUUCAAAGUCAAAAGCUUAAGUAUUCUAGCUUUCCCCUGCAUCUGUCAUCAGUGAAGCAGAAUAGUCUGUCUGGAUUCCAUAAUACUGUUUGCAUAUUGGGAUUUUAAAUCAGCCAGAGAUAUUGAAUGCAUUGCUUGUCUCUAUCACUAGCAAGGAGGCACAAAUGGGAUAUAGUCCUUAGGUAACUUGUAGCGUUACAGUCCCCCAAGGAACAUUACUUGAGUUUUCUCAUUAUCCUUGUUAUGGAUGAAAGCAUCAGUCUUACGAAUUAAAAAUUGGGAGGAAGGGGGAGAUGAAAUGACGGGAAGGGUGGAUUCAAAAUGGGCCAACAACCUCGAUCACUCAGUUUGCUUUAUUCUGUUUGGCAUGAAAUGAUGAUACUUUCAUCAGUUUGGAAUUAACACAAAGUCACAUUAUUUUCAUUUCAAUAGACCUGCAUCAACUUUGUAAUUUAAAAUCAAACAUCCCAGAUAUGUGCCAUUCCAAUUAUUGAACUGUCAUUGUUCCGGUAUGAUGGUAAAAGAGGUCAGGAGAUUGUGCGGCACUUAUUUGCAUAAAAAUCAUUGUGCAAAAGGAAAUUGGAAUGUCUGUACAUCUGAGGAGCCAAAACAUGUUUUGUUUAAUCUUAUUCUAGUCAUUUGUUUGGUGAAGAAAACUAUUUUCAGAGAUAAACAAAAGUUUAUUCUUUUCUGUUGCUAAACACAAACCUCACUAUGGAAAGUAUUUCACUUUUUGUAUUAAUUUCAGAUUUAUGUUCACGCCAGGGUUGAAAUGCUGUAUGAAAUUUAAUUCCUAUAGCUAGUUUUUUUUAGUAAUUGUAAUUCAAAUUAUUUUACUCACAUGUACAAAGAAAAAACAAACAUUGAAAAAUAAUUUGUGUAGUAGACUAAUAUAUGUAUGCAUACUAUAUAUACUUAAUAGAUAAGUACAUUGAUUAAAAUGAUCAAGUUAUUAGCCAAAUAGUAAUUUUAAAUCACUUUUUGCUUUAAAUUAAUGAAAGAAAUUUAAUCCUGCACAUGAUCCUAUUAUUUCUAAUAUAUAUAAAUAUAUAAAAACAUUUUUCAGUAUGUUUACACAUGUUGCCUGAUUUUUCAGCUAUGCCCGCAAUGCCCUCCAAAAAUCACACCAAUAUAGUGUUCAGUUUUCAGUAAAGCAGAAAAGACACUCAAAUGAUUGCUUAGUGCAUCCCCUGCACUUCCUGUGAAAUUCAGGCCAUGUCUACACUACUGGCUAAAUCAGCACUGCUGCAAUCAAUGAAGUGGUGUUGAUUUAGCGGGUCUGGUAAAGACACGUUAAAUCAAUGGGAGAGCAUUCUCCCAUCGAUUCUGUACUCCAUCUCCCCGAAAAGCAUAAGGGAAGUCGGCAGGAGAGCAUCUCCUAUUGACACAGAGCAGUGUAGAGACCACGGUAAGUGGAUCUAGCUGUCGACUUCAGUUACGUUAUUCACGUAACUGAACUGGUGUAAUUUAGAUCGAUUUACUUUGGUAGGGUAGACCAGCCUUAAUCUGAGCCUACUCCUGCAAGGCUACUCCUUGACUAUAACCUGUGCUAGGCCACUUAGGCACCACUUCCAUUGUGAAGGUGGCUGCCCAGUGAAGCAUUCUCUACUCACCCCUCAUGCAGAGCAGGAAAUGUGAGCAUAUUAGAGAUGGAAAAGGCAAUGUGUAAGGGAUCAACCCUACUUACUCUGUAUGCGGGACACACAAAAUGUCUGCAUAGCAGCUGUUUUGUGUUCCUGCAAGUUAUUCUGGAGAUGUAUGUGAUUAUUUCUGACUGGGGUCCAAAACAGGGAUGCACUGUACAGUACAUAUACAGGUAUGUACACAAGUACAUUACAGUUAUGGACUUAUCAGCCUCUCCUCAUCAGCUUCACAACAUAGGUUUUUUUGUCAUGUUUAACUACUUUUUGGUUUUGAUUGGUGUUAGCUACUGUACCUCACAGGUGGCUUUUCUAACAUUUACCAAACUGUAGGGACCCUCUCCCACACUUAACCCUAUUUUAACAGCUAAAACUAAAACACUGGGGUCAAGGGAGAUCUAAUCUGAUGAAACCCUCCCCAUAUGUAGAAGCUUCUUACUCUCUGCCUCCAAUCUGGAGUUGGGGAUAGUUGCCUGCUGUUAGGGAGGGUGCAUCUCCUCCCAACCUGAGGAACCCUCCCCCAGCCCACACAUUUGUUUAUCUACCCAUCCUGUUUAAGUGCUAGGAUGGGGAGUAAUGAUGGGGCAUACUAUUGUGCCUACUAGGAUUAAGCCCUGAGAUUUCUAAAAUGUGCAGGAAUGUGUGUGUGUGAGAGAGACUGUCUAGGUAAUUAUUCUGGUCAUUUUUUACACAUUUAUUUUUGCCCCUACUAGCACAAUAGUUCUUAAUUUUUGUAAGUAACACUGUCAAAGAGCCUGAUGCUGCCAGGUGCUCCGCUACCCCACCUCCUAUUGGAUUUAGCAGGAAUUCAGCACAUUGUAGGAGAUGAUGGGCAUUUAGGAGAAGACCCUAAGAGUACCUGAAUGGUUAUAAAAUAAUAAUUCUGGAUAGUACAGUAAGUAUGUAAACAAUAUCUAGAUUUUCCAUGAAUAUGUUAGAGCAGGCAGGUUAUAAUUUUUGUGCCUCAGGAUAGACUGUUUCUUGGAACAGGAGACUUCACCCAGUGAAAUAGCACAGAAUGACUCAGUGGUGCAAUGGUAGGUUUUCAUGCUAAUAUAUAAAGAAAACUCAGUAAGAACCCUGGGACCUUCCCUUUGUGGACUGCCAAGAAGAAGCAUGUCAUGGAAAUGACCCACUUGGUCUCCAGAGGGAUGGAGCCAGCCUUGCUGUUUUAAAGCCCACAGAUACAUAAAGCAUCAUCUAACAUGGCCUCAGGGGACGCUUCAUGUGCUACCCUCCCUGUGGGAAGUAAGGUAUUAAGAUAAUCUUUAGCUUUUAGAGGCAGAGGGCAUUGAAGGAGACGAAAAUGGAGCAAAGGUAGUCCCAGAAUGAUGAAGUGAGCGAAUUCCCAAGCCUAGGGCAUCCUGCCACAGCAACAACAAAAACAGAGAAAAAAUGUUUUUUUUAAUCAGGUGGAAAAAGUGUGAGCAUUUCUAUUUUCCCUGCUAAAUUGUGCAUUAUUUGUGGGAGCCAUAACUGAUUAUAUACUUAUAAUCUGGUUUCAAGAAUGAAUAUUUGAUCUACUGUAUUGGCUGAACUGAUCUGAUUAAAGAGUCAUCCUUUCUCUGUUUGAAACUGUUGUAUUUGAAUAUGAUCAAGUUUUGUUCUUAAUACAAGUAAAGCUUGUAAGGAUUGCAUUGUGAUUGGCCCAGAGGCAAUUACCCAAGGGUUCAGGGGGAGGGUGUGUUAGACUCUCUCCUUUCCCACAACAAUCUCCAUUUAAUGGGCUAUCCCAGUUUUAGUCCAUGUGCUCCCCUGAAAGUCACCCCAAAUGGAGCAGGAAUAUGUGCUAACCACUCUCUGUGCUGAGCGUGGGGAGAGGAACACACUGCCCUAGCCUUAGGGGUAAUGUGGAUACUCACUCCCCCUACUUUUGUUGGAGCUCAGGGAUGGUGCGUGCCCAAACUUUCUGGGGAAAAAUUAAUCUUCAGGCAGAGACAGCUCAAAAGAUGUCUGUUUCAGAAAGUGCUGAUCACGUAAACAUAGGGGUAUAACUGAAACUGUUCUGAAACCUUAGCUAUAACAAGGGCUACCAAGCAUCUGCUGUAAUACUCUGUACUUGUGUGUCUUGCUCCUAUGCCCCUUGAGGGCAAUCGGAGUCUUUCCAUUGAUUUCAGUGGGCUUUGGAUCAGGCCCUUAGUAUGUGUCACCCCAGGAUCUCCAAACUGCUUUACAAAGGUAGGAAAGUGUUGUGUAAUGGAGUUCUGAAAAGUCCCAAGUUGCCCAAGUUCACACACUAAGUCAGAUAUUACUGGUAUGAUCUUGUGGUCCCAAUGUUCAAAUUCAGGGGUAGUGCUAGUACCAGUCCUAGUGGGUAAGUAGACAUGGGCAAUCAUGCCAAGUUUGCUAAUGCAGAAAGUACUCUCUGAACUAUCAGUAGCUUGAUGGUUCUAUUGUUAGCAGAUUGAGAACUAAGUCUAAGGAAGAUCUCACUAUUCCAACUCCUCAGGCCUGCUGUGAUGGGAGCGUGAGAAAAAGAUGCGCCUCUCGGAAGCAGAGCAAGCCUAAGUGUCUUGGGGAGGAGGAUUUGCCAGUUACUGUUUUGUAAGCACUCCCCUUUGACAUGUGCAGUUAAGCGCUCCAUGCAUGUACAGCUACCGAAGGACUGGAAAUGAGGACAAUUGAAACUGUGACCAAAAGGCCAAACAGUAAGGGUCUGUCAAGGUACAGGUACAUCCAUGAUUCAAAGCUUUUGAUCCGAGAGGAAGUCAGGAUCCUUGUGGGAUAUAUCUGAAUUGGCUCAUGUAGAAUCAGCACUCGUGUACCUGAAUCCACCUACCACAAAAACAUUUUAAAAUGAUUUCACCAAGUUAGUGUCCUAUAGAUAGUCACUGUACAGACACAUCACCAUCCUUGUAUGACUCCACAGAUGUAUCAGGCCAGAUUCAGCCCUGCACAGGGACAGGGAAGGCUGCUUGCAUCACCUACAUUCAGGUUCUGACAGGUGCUACUGUAACCACCCACCACAAGCCAGAGCCACCUGAAGGUUCUCUGAGUUAUGCUAGUGCUUCAUUUGGCCCUUAUGGAUCAUCCCAUGUUUUCUCUGUCCCUUUUGUCUCUUGCCCUGGAACUCAUUCUUCUCAGGCCUUUCUGCCCUUGGGCUGUUCUGAAACAGCCCCUGAAACCCUCCCCUCCCUCUGGUGCUCCUGCAAAGACAGCUCUGCACCUGAUGCACAGGCCCUUUGCAUCAGUAUGUUGUUUACCUGAAGAAAAGGGAUGUGGAGGGCAUAGGCCAUAAUGGAUUGGGCCCGUUGUGAAUGUCCUCCUGUUCCGCUGCCAUUUUCUGCAGCAGAAGAGAGAUUAAAAAGACUGGGACUGUUCAGCUUAGAAAAGAGACGACUAAGGGGGGAUAUGA